CAACGUGCUGCAGCAACAGCCGCGUCGAAAACUGGUAGGAUUUCUGCUGCUCAGAAAGCGGGCAGUCGUGUUGAUCGGGUACGUGCAGUUAAUCCGUCCACAUCACGAACUGCUUCUGGUUGUGAACAAAACGAUGGAGAAGCGUUGGAAUGCCGAUUAUGCCGCAAAAUGUUGGAGAGCAGAAUCCGCGGCUUCCACAUCCUUUGGCACAUGUCCAAGGAUUUUGGUGUUAAUCGUUAUGCGUGCAAGUUUUGUGAUUUUGGCCAUGAUAGAUCGCUGUCAGUUACAAAUCAUGGAAAGAAGGAGCAUGGCGUUGACGAUUGCGUUGAGGACCGUAUUGAGGAUUACUCAGACGUUGUAAAAAAGGUAUCUGAAUUGUGUUUUGGCCUGCAGUCAACAUUUGCGCAGGAUAAUCGCAAAAAAAGCAAGUCUUCGGAUAAAACAGGAAACGACGAUGGGAUAAAUGAAGAUGCAAAGACGGAUGAAGAAAAACUGAGUACAACGCUUAGUGUGGACGAUAAUGAUCUCAGGAUGCCAUCUGCAAACGAAAUCAAUGAAUUGCCGAGGCCACCAAGACCACGGUCGGAACCACAGCCGCGGGCGUCGACCAACUAUAGUCGUGAUCGUGCGAGAAAAUCAAAAAGUCGUCGUUUUGGAUUUCGGCAGCUAUCGAGAGUCAAACGUAGGGAGGCUGCUAAAUUGCGUGAAAUUAGCCUAAUGUUGGGUGGCUCACAGUAUGUAAAAAGACGCCAGUCAAGUGAAGCAGCGCUGUGUCAGGGCAACCAGUUGAGGGAUUUGGUGGUGAAGCACAUCCGCGACGUGCACAGUAGCUGUCGGCAUCCCAUCGAUGAAAGAAUGAAAUAUCGAGUUCAGAUCAAAGAAAUUAUUCGCCAGUGCUACCCGUCCUAUUUUGUUGAUGCGCCGAUACCCAGUGACAGUGCUAUUGAAAAACUGAUGAGAAGCAUAGCAAAGGAAAGCGAAUUGCAUGAAAGCGUCUUCGGACAGAUAACUGGUGGGCAGGUGGAGAAUGCGCCGGAACUGGAAGGGCCUUUGUCUUUGGAUGAUGACGUACUGGAUCACAGGAUUUAUGAAACGGACGAAGCACAGGAGUAUUUUGCGGAGAGCAGUUUUGCUGGAAGGUGCAUCAAAGGUGAAGCCGAUGGCAUAAGUACCCUUCAGGUAUGUCCUUCAAAUGGAUUACGCCUUACUGAACUGACUAUUAUCAUCUUAGUUGUCAAAAAUAGAUUUUUUUUACUUUUUGUUCGGAAGAAAUGA